UGGUUGUAGGCGCUUCAAUUUGAAACGAUUGAUACUCAUGUAUUGGUUGGUUCUACUGGAUGUCGUUUGUUGUUAUUCUGUGUGAUAAGAGUGAUAUCAUAAUAAUGACUCUAAGCUCACGAUGCCACGGGAUAGCAGUAUUAUUGAUGCAUUGUUGAGCAGUGUACGCGAGUGCAAGUGAAGUAUUAGUUGAACAAUGUGAAAUCAUUUCUAGAAAUUUUAUGUGAUAUUAAUAAUAUUGUUGUCGUAAUGGAUUCAGAAUAAUGUAAUAAAUGAUCUUUAUUUGAUGAGAUUAUUAAAAAUGAAUAUUACAACAUUCACGCAAUCAAGUAAUUUAGAAUCAAUCCAAUCAGCCAAUUAACAAAAUCGACGAAUAUUUUUCAAGUUUUAUUAAUCAAAACCUUAAAAAGUUGAUAACAAGACAAAUGAUACCUACGAGCAAUCAACAAGUAUGCCUAGAAGAGACCUUCCGGUGAUCAUUGAUGACUAUGAAUCCUUUGAAAUCAUCAGUUAUUCUUGAUGUUUUGGAUGCUCUAUUUGCUCUAACACUGGUUGCGCCCGCCGUAGUCGGGUAUUGGAGAGGCACGUGGAAUCUAAUGGGACAUUAUGUUUAUACAGAUAAUGAAAUAUAUAGCAGUUUCGUGUCUUUGGCCAUAGGCUUUAUUGGGAUGUUUAUAUUUUGCUUGGCACAAGGACCGAUCAAAAGAUAUUUAGAAGGUAAAUCUAACACAUGUUUUGCACUAUCUUCGUGGGUCUACACCGCUGUUUAUGGAUUUAUAUGUGUGAAUUCAUGGCGAGGUGCUUGGUUAGUAGGAAACUUAUAUCAAGAUAGAUCUCUCCAAUUGAUCAUAGCAGUUACAUUAUCAGCGGUUUUACUUUUGGGAUUACUCAAAACGCUGAGAAACAUAUCGGCACCACCUUGUGUGGUUACAGUCGAUGAUGCUGAAGACUAUUUCGAUGUACCUACAUAUUUUAAAGAAUCGAGUCAUCAGAAGAAAUGGCUUUACGUAAUCGAUUGCUUAUUUUCCGUAUUCAUCGUUGGAUCCUUGGUGGUUGUCGUGUGGAGGGGAGCUUGGGUGAUAUUGGACAAUAUUAUAUUUCCAGAUGAUCCAUCGCUUAGUGCUCUGGCUUCACUUGCACUUGGCUACGGGAUUGUAAUACUCACAUUCAGUCUUCAGCCUAUCAUGCGAUGGACAUGUGCUCGUUUGGAAGGAUUUUGGAGAGUUUUAGUUGCUGACUUAUUUCUAUUUUUUAGUUUCAUUGGAACUGUCAAUGUUUGGAGAAGCAUAUGGCAGCUUCUCGACUUAUAUUUUUUACCAGAGCAUAGAAUCGCAAGCGAUUGGAUAACUCAUGCCGGUUGUCUGUUUGUGCUAAUGGUGCUGAACUGUGGAAACUCUGUGUUGGUACGAGGCGUCUACGUUGAUGCCGAAGAAAAUGCAGGAGAUUGUGUUAUGUUGCCCGUGCAAUAUCUAACCCUGUACUUCAAACGCGAGAAGGAUAAGAGAUCGCGACACAAGUCGACUUCGGAAGCCUUGUUCACCAAGCCACAACAUAUAAAAUUUAUGGAACAGGGUCAAGAAUGUGAAAACUUAUCGGAAAAUGAGCAAGGUACAACCGUAGAAGAUAGUUUGCUAUAUAAACAUUCAGGACCUGUUGUUGUAAUUGUGACAAAUAAUACAGAUGCAAGUGACAAAGGAUCCCAAAAUAAUUGCAAAUAGAUAAGUACAAAUCUAACGCUUUCUAUGCAAAUCAAAUUAUAAUCAUAUUUUCCUACAAUAAUAAUAAAUACUGUAUAAAAUUAGUAC